AUGGUCUUGGUUGUGUAUGGCUUCCCGACUAAGGUGCAGGCUCUGCAGUUCGAGUGGGCUUGGCAGCACCCUGAAAAGUCCUUGGCCUUGCGAGAGGCGGUCGCUACUCUCAAGGGCACUGUCAAGCGCGCGGGCCUCACAGGAGCAAAGGGCAAGCUGCGGCUACUGGAGCUGCUGUUGAGCUCUGAGCAAUGGCGAUACUUCCCACUUUCAGUGCAGUUCCUCUCCUCCGAGUUCGCUCCCCUUCUGUGCGGCCUGCCGCCCCUCCCGCCCCACGUCCCUGUCACUUUCGCCCCUCCAGAGGAUCUGCCGGUGGUAGUAGAGGAUGACUACGAUGAGGGGCCGAUCCGUGACGACGGCGAUGAUGUCAGCGCGCAGCUGGACGCAGCCACGGGAGAGGAGGGCGCUCCCUGUUCUGAAAUUGCUGCUGAGCUCAAAGCAGCAGCGGAGGCUGAGACUGCGGCCCCUGCGGCGAAGGGCACCAGCUGUGUGGUGUGCGAGAAGAAGGUGCUGCAAAGGUGGCUGGCAUGCACCUGCGGAGCUCGCGCUCAUGUGGCGUGCCUGGCACAACAUUAUAUCCAGGCAGACGCGUCGCAACCGUUGAUGCCGCAGGAGGGCAACUGCCCAGCGUGCGGGGCGAGGUCAUCCUGGGUGGAUGCGCUGGCGCGGGGUGGAUCCACUGGGUGGGCGCAGAAUCGCUCCCGCGGCCGCAACCGCGCCCCCCUGAAGGCCGACCCCAAACUUAAGCGUGCUUCUAAGGCAAGCGCUGCCAAGUCAACGGCAGCGACCAGCGCGCUGGAGGGACCGUCGGGUGCGGGAGAUGAGGGCACAGACACGGCAGCCGCCUCUGAAGCUCAAGCAGGGCCGCAGCGCGCAGCAAGAGGGGCCAGCAGUAGCCGGGCCCGCUGCGGCCGCGGCGCACGAGGCCGGGGCCGCGCAAGCCGCGGCAAGACUGGCGCAGCGGUCGGCAAUGCCGACGGCAGCAGCGCCGCGGCGGCAGCCGCUGUCGACGCCAUAGAGACGGCUGCGGUGGCGCCGUGCGGCGCGGACAAGCGGCCGGCGCGCGGCCGCAGGCGAGCCGCCGCAUCCGCGUCACUCCCCGCCGGCCCCACGGUCCAGGCUGCAGCCAGCGCCCCCCUCCCCUCGGGACACUUCCUGGGCAGGGGCAAAGCUUCCGGCUUCUCGUCCCAUGCUCCCACCGGAUCGGCGGCGUCGCCGUCCAUGUUGUCCCCUGGAAGGGCGCCUGGCAGCAACAGAAAUUUCAGCAGCAGCCCAGAAUUUCUAGCCACAGCUGCGGACAGCGCAGAGCCAUGGUGCUACGAUGCCAGCCCGCGUGCAGCAUCUGCAUCUUGCGGCUCCCAAGACUGGCCGCUUGCCUCGGCCAGUCAGCAGCAGUCAGUCAGGGGACGUUUAGAUGAAGACAACGACAUCAUCACUGGCUUUACUGACGUCAGCGGCAGCCCUGAGCAGGCGAUCCCGCUAGAAGAGGAUGCAUGGUGCUAUGUUGCCGGCUCACCCGGGGGUUUUGCGGCGCGCAGAUCAGCAACGCCACGUUCUGCAGGGGUGUCCCCUGCGGGGUGUUCAGCGGCGGGCAGGGAAAGUGCUGCACUCUCAGAGCCGGUCUGCCUCGUCAGCGAUUCUGACAGCGAGGCUCCAGGCCCCAGGGAGGCAGCGGGGCUUGUCAGCUGCGCAGCAACAGCAGGCGCACUUCCACGCCUGGAGAUAGCCGCCAAGGCGCAGAAACGCGCCAGGUCUGGGAGCAAGCCGGGCAUUGGCGCCGGCAGCAAGAAGAGCCCUCGACUCGUCGCCGUUGCGGCCCCCUCCGGCCUUGAUGCAGGUCCCCAUGAAGCCCUGGGAUCUCCCCCGCAGUCCUACCCACCGGGUGGCGCAUCCCCCGGUGCCGUGCCCGGUCACUGCCCGCCAGGCGCGAUUAGUAACGAUGCUACGACGGCCGGUGCCUGUUUUGGCAAUGGCCCGGCAGAAGCCAGUUCUGGCGGGGCCACUCCGGUUUCGGCCUGGAUGGCGAGCAAGCUCAGCCUUCGGGGGUCCAGGGAGGGAGCAGGGUCUGCGAGAGGGUCGGGGGAUAUGGCAGGGGAAACCCUGGACAGCCCGCUGUGCGUUCCCUCCCCCACGCCCCUGCGCCGGCGGCUGGCGUUCCGGGGCGCGCCUGUUCAGGCUGGCAGGGGAGAUAUUGCGAGCGAGGAUGGGGUCAUUGUGAUCGACUGA